AUGUCUACCUACUACACUAACAGCGGGUAUGAGGAAGAUCCGGAUUACCCUCAGUAUCCAGGGUCUCAAAACCAUUCGCAGGGAUAUUUGAAAACUCGGGAUUAUCUGGAUCUUCCAGGACCUCAGAACAAUCGAGACUAUCCAGGCACCAGGAACAACGUGUACCCUGCAAACUCCAGAACCAACACCCACUAUGCUGGGUCUCCAUCAGAGGCAGAUUAUCCAGGAUCUCAGCAUAAUCCCGACUAUCCCAGCACCACAAGAAAUCCAUAUGCUGCUGAUGUGAGAGCAAAGCCAGACUAUCAUAGAUCUCAGACAGGUCCAGAUGACACUGAACCGUGGGAUCAUUCAUACCGCUCCUCUGGCUCAUUCAGAGAGCAAGGCAACCUUGGAGCUCAACGGACUCCUGAUGUGACAGGUGCCAGAAGUCAUGGAGGCUAUUCAGGUCCCAGAACAAAUCCAGAUUAUUUUGGAUCUUUGGAAGAACCAGACUACCCUGGAGCCCAGAGCAUCUCUGACUAUCCUGGACCCAGAGCCAAUCCCAACCCUAUGGGUUCCAGAAGGAAUCUGGAAUAUGACCGUCACAGAACCAAUCCAUAUGCACACUCUCUAGAUGAGCCUGAUUAUCCAGGUGCUGGGAAUCAGCCUAACUCUCCAAACGUUUGGGGGGAACCAGACUAUCCUGUUGCUGAGGGCCGUCAGAGAUCUUCAAACUUCUGGGGGGAACCGGAUUACCCAGAUGCUGAAGGCAGUCAUGAUGAUGGUUCUUCUCAGGGCAUGCUGAGAAGAACAUCGCAAAUCCAGCCUUCAGUACAUGACCGAGGCAUUAUUGGGAGACAGAAUGGAGAUUACCCAGAAAGCAUUGAAAUGACAUCUGUUGAGAUGGUAAACUCAUAUGGCCACUUUGAGCCAUGUGCUCCUGGACCUGGCUAUGUGAACGCUGCUUUUGCAGGUGAAAGUAGCCCUGAACAUGCGUAUAGGAACCCACCGUUGUCUGGACGUGACUGGCAUCUGUCCCCCGAAGAUCAAAAGCUAAUUGCCUCUCUAAUACCCCUGACCCCAAGAGACAGAAAUAAAGCCAUCAGAAACCAGCCAAAGACCAUGGAAGAGAAAAGAAAACUCAGGACAAUGGUUGACAAAGAGAAACGUAAAUCCCAUCUUAGCUUUAAGCUCAAUUGCUGCACCCAGUGUCUGAACUCCAUUUCACUGGCUUACCGGAGAUCCCGGAACAACCUAUCGGAACUCCUCGAUUUCAUCAGCCUGUGGCAGAAGACGCUCAAGGUCAUUGGAGGCAAAUUUGGAACCAGUGUCCUCUCCUAUUUCAACUUUCUGAAGUGGCUUUUGAAGUUCAACAUUUUCUCAUUCAUUGUAAACUUCAGCUUCCUUGUAAUCCCUCAGUUGACCGUGAACGAGAAGAACACCCUCCCCUUCACUGGAUUGGAAUUUUUAACGGGGGCGGGUUACUUUGGGGACACAGUGAUGUACUACGGCUUCUACACCAACUCUACAAUCGGGCAGGAGAGCAGCAGGGCAUCAUACUACAUGCCACUGGCCUACAUCUUCACCAUCGGGGCAUGCUUGGUCGUCUGCUUUUUCAGUUUGCUGUACAGCAUGGCCAGAUAUUUCCGGAACAACUUCAUUAACCCCCACAUUUACUCCAGAGGAAUUGCUAAACUUAUCUUUUGCUGGGACUUCACUGUCACUCAUGAAAAGGCUGUGAAGCUGAAACAGAAGAACCUCAGCACUGAGAUAAAAGAGAACCUGUCAGAAAUCCGACACGAGAACAUCAGUUUGACAGUUAAUCAGCGACUGCUGCGCUUGUCUGCUCACGCCGUGGCCUGGGUUGUCUCUACUGGCGUGGCCAUUGCCUGCUGUGUAGCUGUUUACUACUUGGCGCUGGACAACUCCAAGUUCCUGAAUAAGCACAAGGACCCCGGGGCCGUGCUGCUGCUGCCCUUCGUCGUGUCCUGCAUCAACCUGGCGGUGCCACGCUUCUAUUCCAUGUUUGGGCUGGUGGAGAGGUAUGAGAUGCCCGGGCACGAAGUCUACACGCUCCUGAUCCGAAACAUCUUCCUGAAAAUAUCCAUCAUUGGGAUCCUGUGCUACUACUGGCUCAACAUUAUGGCCGUGUCUGGUGAAAUGUGUUGGGAGACCUGCAUCGGCCAGGAAAUCUACCGUCUUCUCCUGGUGGAUUUCGUGUUCUCUUUAGCUGAUUCCUUCCUUGGGGAGCUUCUGAGGAGGAUCAUUGGGAUGAAGCUGAUCCCCAGUCUCGGUGUCCAGGAGUUUGACAUCGCCAGAAACGUCCUGGAGUUGAUCUACGCACAAACCCUGACCUGGAUUGGAAUCUUCUUCUCCCCUCUGCUGCCCUUGAUCCAAAUGAUUGCUCUUUUCAUCAUGUUUUACGUCAAAAAUAUCAGUCUGAUGGUGAAUUUCCAGCCCCCGAGCAAGGCCUGGCGGGCUUCACAGAUGAUGACCUUCUUCAUCUUCCUGCUCUUCUUCCCGUCCUUCACCGGGGUCCUGUGCACCUUGGCCAUCACCAUCUGGAGGUUGAAGCCUUCAGCUGAAUGUGGUCCAUUCCGCGGGCUGCCUCUCUUCAUUCAUGCCAUUUACAGCUGGAUCGACACACUAAGUAACAGACCUAGCUACCUGUGGGUGGUUUGGAUCUACCGGAACCUCAUUGGAAGCGUGCACUUCUUUUUCAUCCUCACCCUCAUUGUGCUAAUCAUCACUUAUCUUUACUGGCAGAUCACCGAGGGAAGAAAGAUUAUGAUCAGACUACUCCAUGAGCAGAUUGUUAAUGAGGGCAAAGAUAAAAUGUUCCUGAUAGAAAAACUGCUCAAGCUGCAGGAUGUGGAGAAGAGGGCAAACUCCAGCUCCCUCACUCUGGAGAGGAGAGAAGUGGAGCAACAAGGCCCGCUGCAUUUGGGGGAACCUGGUGUGACUCCAGAGCCAGACCUGCGACAUAGGAGAUUCAUUCAAGAAGAUGACCCAAUGGCGUAAUGAUUGUGUGGCAGCCAAACAGCAAAUAAUGAAAGGGGAAGAGCUUCUUCAUGACACCUGGGUCUUUAGGAAUUGCCCGAAGUAGAUCUCGAGUGGAAAUGGACCACAAUGUAAAUAACAGAGUAAACUUGGGCAUCCCUGCUGUUUUGUGUAUCUGAAUGAAUGGCUGAUUUUUUCAGAUAAAACACUGUGGGUCUUCCAAUAAAGACUGCUGUACUAAACCUAACCCACCGAAAUCUAAGCGGGGAUCAUCUGGGAAUGAUGUGUUUUCUAUUUAAGAAAUAUGUGUAUGCCUUAUCGAUCCUUUCGGAAUUCUCUUCCUUAUGUCAGAAGUAUGUCACCUUGCU